GUGAUGAAAGGUAAGGACCAAGUUGGAACAGGCCUGAGCCAGCUGUAAUCAGUCUACAGCAACCGCAAGGGGGAAGAGCAUUUAAACUGUUUAAAAACAAAACAAACAGUAGCCAAGGAAACACUCUUGGAGAAAUGAAGUUAAAAGGAUCAAAUUUAGCUCCUGAGUAGAAGUGAAAAUCCAACGUGCUCCCGCUAAAAUGACUUCUCACCGGCCGUUCCCAGCAGAUGACUUCGUUCAGAGUGUGCAAACCAUGCCUGCCUCCCGGAGUCUGAGAGACAGCCACACUUGCAGGGCGUGACAGGACUGCGGAACCUGGGCAACACCUGCUACAUGAACGCCAUCUUGCAAUGCCUCUGCAGCGUAUCUCCGCUGGUGGAGUACUUCCUCUCGGGAAAAUACGUCACAGCUCUUCAGAAGGAUUGCAGCGAGGUCACCACCGCCUUUGCCUACCUGAUGACAGAUAUGUGGCUUGGGGACUCAGACUGUGUCUCACCAGAGAUAUUUCUGUCGGCUCUUGGCAGCCUUUACCCAGUUUUUCUGAAAAAGACACAGCAAGAUGCACAGGAGUUCCUGAUUUAUGUCCUCAAUGAACUUCAUGAAGCUUUGAAAAAGCACUGCGGCAGAAGGGCAUACGAGAAGAGAUCUGCUCCCAGAUCCUGCAGGAAGGUGGUGGCCAGUGAGACGUCAAUCAUCACCCGGCUGUUUGAAGGACAGCUCAACUACAGAAUCACGUGUUUAAAGUGUGAGACCUGCACCAACAAGAAUGAAGUUUUCACCGUCCUCUCCCUCCCCAUCCCAUCUGAAUAUGAAUGCUCCCUUCAGGACUGUCUCCAGUGUUUUUUCCAACAAGACACCUUGACCUGGAACAACCAAAUCCAUUGCUCCUUUUGUGAAAGCAAGCAAGAAACAGCUGUGAGGACCACAGUUUCCAAGGCACCCAAAAUAAUUGUUUUUCACCUAAAAAGGUUUGACAUCCAGGGUACAGUGAAGAGGAAGCUGAGAACAGAAAUCCUUUACCCGCUCACCAACUUGGACCUCACUCCUUACAUCUGUCCAAUUUUCCGGAAACAUCCCAAGUACAACCUAUGCGCAGUGGUGAACCACUUUGGCGAUCUGGAUGGUGGACACUACACUGCCUUCUGCAAGAACUCAGUAACUCAGGCCUGGUAUAGCUUUGAUGACACCAGAGUCAGUGAGAUCCCAGACACUUCAGUCCAAACAGCUACAGCUUAUCUUCUGUUCUAUAGCUGCCAGCCCUUUUCUAUGCCAAUACAGAAGCACAGGAGCUAGGACAGCGCCCUGAUCACUGCAAACCAGCCACCAGAAACUGCAGUGCAAUGUGUUUUGUCAUUAAAUCCUUACAACCUGCUUACAUCGCUGAGGUCUGUAAGUCUCACAGAUGGCCUCUAUAAGACAAGUGAGCCUAAGAAGACACAGUCCUUGCUCACUAAGGGCGGCAUGGAAGCCAUGCGCGGCCAUCACGGGAGCCUAAGAACUGUAGGUUCCAAAGGUCAAUGUCUCAUGCGGCGGGUUCCUAUCACAAUAUAAGUACCAAAUUAUUUUCCAAAAACUUUUAUACUUAUUUUGUAUCUGUGUGCAUGUGGUGUGGAAGUCAGAGGCUAACUUGUGGGAGUUCAUUUUCUUUUCCACCAUAUGGGUCCUGGGGAUUGAACUGGGAUCUGCACUGAGCCAUCUAUCCAGCCUAACACAAAUAAUUAUUCGCACAUGUGAGUGUACAGUUCAGUGGUAGGCUGUUUCCUCAGCAUGUAUGAGGUCCCAAGAUUGAUUUUUAACACACGGGGAAAGUUAAGCGCAAAUAUGACCUGCAGGGCUGAAGAGCCCAGUUGUUAUGAGUCCUCCCUGCUAGCAGAGGAGCUGGGUUUAGUUCUUACGCCCAUAAGAUACACAUCUACAUACACACAGGCAAAACACCAAUACACAGAAAAUAAAAAUAAAUCUUACAACUUGAAACCCAUGCUCUAACCUAAGCUAAAUAAUCACUUCCCAAAACACUUUUAGAAUCUUUUUUAGAAGAAUUCCCAAAACAGCCAGCCUGGUCUACAAGAACUAGUUCCAGGAUAGGCACCAAAAGCUAGAGAAACCCUGUCUCGAAAAUCCAAAUAAACAAAUAAAUAUAAAAAAGAAGAAUUCCCAAACCAAUAUGGACUGUUGUACUACCCUUGGUUGCCUUCUAGAUCUUGAAGGUUAAGACCCUGUUGCUGAGGACAGCACAUACUUUACACACAGGACUUGAAGGAACCGAGCUGGAACUGACCUGGAAGCCUGUACUUGAGGACUAGCUUCCACACUAUCCCAACAUGCUAUGUGCGCUGCCAAGGGAGGAAAGCAACCAAUAGUCAGAGUCAGCUAUGACACCUAUAAAGCACAUGGCCAGCGAGGCAAGCAUCCCAGUAGGUGCAAUAGUGGCGCCGAUAUCUUGGGGAUAACCAGCAGCUGUCAUGUAAUUGGUCUGAGUGGUCUAAAGGGAAGGAUCCAGGCCUGAUACUGAGUCAGCUACCCAUGACUGGUGAGGUGAUGGGCCCUAGAGGAGAGUCCCCGACUGCCAGUGUAACUCUCAACUUCAUUCUAAGUAUCCAUCCACAGGUAGUGUAGCUCGCAACCCCUCAUCAAAGAAGCUUUUUACGGCAGAUGGAGACUAUCAGAGGGUCAUUACUAAUCAAAAUUCAAAAUGCAGACAACAACUGACCAAGUGGCACUCGCCCCAAAAGGUGUAUCUACAGCACGGCCACUACAUCUCAGCUCAGGGGCAACUGCUCUGGGAUAGCGUCUUCUGCAUACGGCAAGGAAGCGGCACCCACAAAAUCUCAACAAUGAGACUUGCACAGUGACAUGGCAGCACAGAUGGGGAUAAUCACAAGGGCCUAUCCCUAGAUGAAGAGCUAUAGGCAAUUGAGAGCUAAGAAUGGAAGAAUCAGUUUUCUCCAGGGAUGAGAACCCUGGCACUCAACCCAAUCUCAAGUGGUGAGCUCUAAACAUGUGAGCAACACUAAAUGGCCUCAGCAAGGUGUGUGUGUAUGUGUGUGUGUGUGUGUGUGAGAGAGAGAGAGAGAGAGAGAGACAUAGAGAUAAUGAGUUUGCUUCUUACUAUAGCAGCUCACUCUACCAUAACUUCAGAAAGGACAGAAGUCUGGGGAUUAUUUUACAUGUGGCUAGCGUGGAAUAGUCCUAACUCUAUACAAUAACUAAGGUA